AUGCAAGCUCUGCAAUCCCCUUCUUCUCUCCGCCCUUCCCCACUCCAGCCACUCCAACGGAAAUCCCGCAAUGCGACCCGCCCCGCAUUCUUUUCCCAGAGGAAGCUCCCCGUCAUCACCGCCUCUUCCAAUGUCUCCGCUUCAGCUCCCAAGCGGGAGACUGACCCGAAGAAGCGGGUUGUAAUCACCGGCAUGGGAUUGGUCUCUGUAUUCGGCAACGAUGUGGAUGCUUACUACGAGAAGCUGCUUGCUGGGGAGAGUGGGAUCACUCUAAUCGACCGCUUCGAUGCGUCCAAGUUUCCGACCCGGUUUGCCGGCCAGAUCCGGGGUUUUACUGCUCAGGGUUAUAUCGACGGGAAGAACGAUCGGAGGCUUGAUGAUUGCUUGAGGUAUUGCAUUGUGGCAGGGAAGAAGGCCCUGGAAGAUGCGGAUCUUGGUGGGGAUAAGCUAUCCAAGAUCGACAUGGAGAAAGCUGGUGUGCUUGUUGGAACAGGGAUGGGAGGUCUAACUGUCUUUUCUGACAAUGUCCAGACUCUAAUUGAGAAAGGACACCGGAAAAUUAGCCCAUUCUUCAUUCCUUACUCCAUAACAAACAUGGCUUCGGCUCUGUUGGGGAUUGAGCUUGGUUUCAUGGGGCCUAAUUACUCCAUUUCAACAGCAUGUGCAACUUCUAAUUACUGCUUCUAUGCUGCUGCAAACCAUAUCCGCCGGGGUGAGGCUGAUUUGAUGAUUGCUGGUGGAACUGAAGCUGCUGUUAUUCCUAUUGGGUUGGGAGGAUUUGUGGCAUGUAGGGCCUUGUCUCAGAGAAAUGAUGACCCGAAAACUGCUUCAAGGCCAUGGGACAGAGAUCGAGAUGGUUUUGUCAUGGGUGAAGGUUCAGGAGUAUUGAUUAUGGAGAGUUUGGAACAUGCCAUGAAACGUGGGGCACCCAUCAUUGCUGAGUACUUGGGAGGUGCUGUUAACUGCGAUGCUUAUCAUAUGACUGACCCAAGAGCUGAUGGACUUGGAGUUUCUACUUGUAUCGAGAGAAGUCUCGAAGAUGCUGGUGUCUCGCCUGAAGAGGUCAACUACAUAAACGCUCAUGCGACCUCGACUCUUGCUGGUGACCUUGCGGAGAUAAAUGCUAUAAAGAAGGUGUUUAAGAACACUUCGGAGAUUAAAAUCAAUGCAACCAAGUCCAUGAUAGGUCACUGUCUUGGUGCUUCUGGAGGUUUGGAAGCAAUAGCUACCGUGAAGGCUAUCAACACGGGAUGGCUACAUCCUUCCAUUAACCAAUUUAAUCCAGAGCCUUCAGUCGAAUUCAACACAGUACCCAACGAGAAGCAGCAGCACGAAGUGAACGUUGCCAUCUCAAAUUCCUUCGGAUUUGGCGGACACAAUUCAGUUGUGGCGUUUUCGGCAUUUAAGCCCUGA